AUUUCGAAGCGGUGCAUCGUAGUGUGCGCGGCGCGUUUCCACGGCGCUCUCGAUUUUCGAGAGAGAGUAGGCCGAGUGUGUGUGUGUGUAAAAAAGGGAAAAAAAAGAAGAAAUCGCGCUAAAACCGGAUACGUGAAUCCCCCGCGAAUUGUGCCGGCGUUAAUCGAUUGACUAAAAAGUUCACCAACACCAGGCGCAAUUUACGCAUACACCUCUCCCACACAAAGCGCCAAAAAAAACUAUACAGCUUGUCCCAUCAAAAUGCCUCGCCAAAUUUCGCGAUAACCAUCACCGAUUAACCACCCGAAAAUGGAGGAAGAAGACGACGACAUGUCCACCCUCUCCAAAGCCCCUUCAACCAUCACUCUAACCCCCCAAAACGUCCACCAACUCGUCGACCCGGUCCCCGCCAAAUUCCCCCAAUGCCACAUCGUCACCCACCAAGCCAGCGGCGAUUCCAACGAAUCCGAAUCCGAUUCGCUCUCCGCCAAAGCUUCCCCGCGCUACUCUUUACUCUCCAAAUCGCCGCACUCCAGCUCAUCGCAGGAGGACUACGAACCGGAGGCCUCCAAAUACAAGAACCAGUAUCUAUCGGCCUCCAUGCACAGCACCAUCACCACCAAGAGCAUGGAGAGCCUGCGCGCCUCCCCCAAGGGGUUCCUCUCGUCCAGCGAACGCGACGUGAGGAAGGUGUUUUUGGAGACUGCUGAAACUAAGUCCUUGGAGUGCAUAGAGCGCGAGAUGAAGCUGAAGAGGCACGCCGUCAGCGGGGAGGCUUCCUUAGAAACCACCGGCAGGGAGGAUUCUUUCAGCGCCGAACGCAAGAGGGUGCUGUGGUCGGGGAAGAUGAGGAUACCGCAGCAUUUGAGUCUACCGCCUCCCGCCGGGUAUUUGAGCUUGAGUCCGGGAGGCGAUAGACGAUUGACGAUUCUGUCGCCCCAUUCGCCGCAUAAGAUGCCCGAUUAUUUCGCCGGCGGUACGUUGAAGAGCAGGAGGAAAAAGGCGGGGGUGUUGCCCAAGUUGUUGUUGCCCCGGAGCGAUUCGGAGAUCAGCGAGGUGUUCUCCGAACAACAGAGUUUGGACGAAAGCGGCGCCCAAACGCCCGAACGAUCCGGAACCCGUCCCGCGCCCAGUCCGGAACCGGAACCGGAACCGGAACCGGAACCGGAAAUCGUUAGCGAAAUGUCGUCCCGAAGGAUAUCGUCGUCCGAUAAUUACCGGUCUAGGUACUCGCCGUUCUCGCGCGACUCAUCGCUGGACGUCGGCAACGAAAGCCGCCCGUCGGUGACCAGCAUCUCGUCGUUCUCCAUGUCGACGGCGUCGGCGUCGGCGUCGUCGCGCGUCGUCGGCCAACGUUCGAUCGAUUCGCGCACGUCGAUCACCAGCCUGUGGUCGACGGACGCGUCGCGACGCGACUCGGACGCCAUACCCGAACACGAUCCGGCCGACGGCGACGCCUCCGACGGUUCGCGAAGGUGUUCGGAGGCGACGGCGAAGCGACGCCGAUCGUCGGCGGCGAGGUCGUCGCAGGCGCGACGCGCCGGCAGGAGGUACCCGUUGAACGCCGAUCGGAGGAGGACCACCGGAAGUUUCGAUGUGGAAAACGGCGCCAGUCCCGGCCGGAGCCCCCUCGACGGGGCCGCCUCCCCCUCGGCCGGUUUGGUCCUCCAGAAUCUCCCCCAAAGGCGCGAGAGUUUCCUCUAUCGAUCGGACAGCGACUUCGAGAUGUCCCCCAAAUCGAUGUCGAGGAAUUCGUCGAUCGCCAGCGAAAGGUUCAGGGAGACCGAGAACAUAUUGGAAAGAUCCCACGGAGAAGAUCUCAUAGUGACGCCUUUCGCACAAAUUCUUGCCAGUUUACGAAGCGUACGCAACAAUUUUCAAUGUCUCACCAAUGUGCCCGUUAACAAAUCAUCCAGACGAUCGUCGGGAGCGGCCUCGGCCGCAUCGGCGCAAUCCAGAAACUUCAACCCCGGGGAUGAAGCUUAUAUGAAAUUAGCGAUGGAAACGAUGGAGGAAUUAGAUUGGUGUUUGGAUCAAUUGGAGACGAUUCAAACGCAUCGAUCCGUUUCCGAUAUGGCGUCUUUAAAGUUCAAACGUAUGCUGAACAAGGAAUUGUCUCACUUUUCGGAAUCGAGCAAAUCCGGAAAUCAAAUAUCCGAAUAUAUCUGUUCAACUUUCCUCGACAAACAACAAGAACUCGACCUACCGUCGUUGCGCGACGAAGUCCCCGACCCGCCGAAACCCGCCCAACGCAAGGACCGAUCGCGCCCCGUCCAUUCGACCAUGUCCCAAAUAUCGGGCGUCAAUCGCAAACCGCUCUGCCACACCAACUCCUUCACCGGCGAAAAGGUGCCCCCGCACGGCAUCGACACCCCCUUCGACGAGGACCUCGCCAAAAGCCUCCACUCGAUCGACCAAUGGGGCAUCGACAUCUUCCGCAUCGGCGAUUUGAGCAACGGCCAUCCGCUCACCUGCGUCGCCUACACCACCUUCACCGGCCGCGAUCUGCUCAAAACCCUCAACAUACCGCCCAAGACUUUCGUCACUUACAUGAUGACUCUAGAAGAUCACUACGUGAAAGAAAACCCGUUUCAUAACUCCCUGCACGCCGCCGACGUCGCCCAAAGCACUCACGUGUUGCUCAACACGCCCGCCUUGGAGUCUGUAUUCACCCCUUUGGAGAUCACAGCGGCUCUUUUCGCCGCCUGCGUGCACGACGUCGAUCACCCGGGUCUCACCAACCAGUACCUCAUCAACUCCAGCAGCGAAUUGGCGUUGAUGUACAACGACGAAAGCGUGUUGGAAAACCAUCAUCUCGCCGUCGCUUUUAAGCUUCUAUCGAACGACGGUUGCGACAUCUUUUGUAACUUGAGCAAGAAACAACGGCAGACGUUGAGGAAGAUGGUGAUCGAUAUGGUGUUGAGCACCGAUAUGUCGAAACACAUGACUCUAUUGGCGGAUUUGAAGACGAUGGUGGAGACGAAGAAAGUGGCCGGUUCGGGGGUGUUGUUGCUGGACAACUACACCGAUCGAAUACAGGUGUUGGAGAAUUUGGUGCAUUGCGCCGAUUUGAGCAAUCCCACCAAACCGUUGGCGUUGUACAGGCGUUGGGUGGAUUUGUUGAUGGAGGAGUUCUUCCAGCAGGGCGAUAAAGAACGCGACGCCAAGAUGGAUAUCAGUCCGAUGUGCGAUCGGUUGUCGGCCACCAUCGAAAAGACCCAGGUGGGUUUCAUCGAUUAUAUCGUACAUCCGUUGUGGGAGACUUGGGCCGAUUUGGUGCAUCCCGACGCGCAGGAUAUACUCGAUACGUUGGAGGAGAACCGCGAUUGGUAUCAGAAUGCGAUACCGCCGAGUCCGCCGCCGGAGGAGGCGCCCGAAUCGGGCAGGCCGGGCAUCCGGUUUCAAGUGACGUUGGAGGAGGGCGAAGGUGAGACGGAGGAGGGUGCGAUGUGACGGAAGUUAGGCGGUAUAUGCAGGAAGUUGACGGAAAAGUGGCAACACUGGUGGCGCGUCAGGCAGUGAAUUUUGAGGGCGCGCGAGUUAAGGGGAGGCGCUGGCGUCUUCCCCUGUAUCUAUUUUUUUGUUUCGUUAUUAUUAUUAUUAUUAAUUAUUAUUAAUUGUUGUUAGAACUGUGAGGAACACGAAAUGGCCGCCGCCGGGCCGCGCGGGCGCGGAGUUUGUUGUGUUUCAUUUCGCAAUAUACGCUUGACUGAAUUUUGAAUUUUGGAAAUUUUGAGAAUUUAAACCCCCCCUUUACCCCCCCUUUACACAGGGCUGAGAAUGCAGGCCUGUUUCUUUGUAAAACCGCAGUUCCUGGGAGUGUAUUGUCUUUAUAUAUGAGAGUUUCUAUUGUAUUUUUUUGUUUGUUUUUAAUUCGGUGGAUGCUCCUUUCGCUUUGGGACUUUCUAAACGGGUUUUAUACAGGGCCGUUCGAUAUCGGAAUUGUGCUAGAAUGUUUGUCACGAAUAGCCCUGUAUACUUCGUAUGUAUUCAAUGAAAAUUUUUUUGUAUAAUUUGGCAACAUUCGAGGUAUUUUUUCACCCUUACAUUUUACGGCAGAACAAAAUGUAGAUAUCGUAAAAACCAUUCUAUCAUAGUUAAUAGUUUAAAUACAUAUCCUAAGGGUAUUUUAUUUUUUAUUAAAAAGAACUAAUUUCGUUGAAUAUAUACGUAUAAAAAUUUACGUCUUUUACAUUAGAAACAUUCAGAUUAAUUCGAUAAAUGUAAUAAGUAAUAAAAAAAAACCUCCGUUUCUUAUUGUGUAAUAACUAAAUGUUUUCAUUAGUUACUUUGCAAUAGUUAUUAACAAUUAAAAAAUACAUUACAGAAGAGAAAACUUCCCUAAAAAAAUAUAAUUAAUUAGCCGAUUAGAUUACUCCUUUUAGACGUAAAUUUUAUUGGAUAAGAAGAAACAAAAACCACAAAAAAAAAAUCAUAUCAAAACCAAUGGUUGUUGAAUAAAAAAUAAAUUAUGUAUAUCGGAAAUAUUAGAAAUAUUCCCGGCAAAUGGCGAUUUAUCGCGAAGCCAUUUUUUUAGAGAAAUUCGUAAUGUAAAUAACUCGCUGUUUUUUCCGUCUUUUAUGUAGCAAUUUCUAAAACCGAUUUCUAAACUGUAAUAAAACACAAAAAACAAAUCUCGAUUCCGUCCUAAAGCGAAAAUCCACCACAAAAAUUAAUUCCGAACUGUUCGAAAACUGUUCUGAACCGUUCGAAAAUAAAAAACCAAAAAACGGUCCUUUUGGCCUUUUACAAAGCCCUAAAUGUGACACGAGCCUUACACUUUUUAGCGAGAUACUCUCCCCUUUACUAACAGAACAUCCUGUAUAUAGUUCAUAUCUUUUACGUGUAAUACUCAGCCCCCCUCAUUGUAUGUAAUAGAUAAAUAUAAUUAUAUGUCAUGUCAGCUAUGUUACAUAAAAUUAAAAAGCUCUCUCUCUCAUUACAAGUCGAUGCGCCUUUUUAUUUCAUCCCAAAAAUCCCUCCAAACUACGCCAAAACAAAAACGGACGGAUUAGAAACUAUUUUAAAUAAAUAAAAUUAACUAACGACUACUCGAAGGUCUUAUCGUCGGUGACCUCGAAUUGAUAAGGCAACAAACGUUUCAGAUCCGAUACCAGCACAUCAUCAUGUCGGGGCUUCGUCAUGUAGACAUCCAGUUGGCCGAAUUCGCUCAUUAGUUGUCUGCAAGCGCCGCAAGGUGGCGUGAACCAUUUCUUUUGCAUCGCCACGAUCGCGAUGGCUUUGAAUUUUCUCUUCCCUUCGCUGAUGGCUUUAAAGUAAGCGCAUCGUUCUGCGCAUGUCCCGACUGUGAAUGAGCUGUUUUCUACGUUACAACCUGUAUAAAUCGAGUCGUCCUGGCACAAAAGGGCGGCGCCUACUUUGAAAUUGCUGUAGGGUGAGUAGGAGAAUUCUCGGGCUUCUGUGGCUUUUAAUAGGAGAUUUUGGAUCUGGCAGUCUAGCUCGUGCGCCUUCUUGACGUCUUCAUUGUCCAUUUUCCGCGGUGGAAUUUCCCAUUAGUUUUUUACCAGAUAAUGCGAAAGUGAGUUGAUGGAAUUUCGCCGGAGCACUUGCGAAUUAUCAUCGGAAAUCUAGUUGGCAUGGCUUUAUCAUUCGUUUAUUUAUCAAUUAUUUUUUUUUGUUUGUUUAUGAUAAAGAGAUGAGUUGAAUAAGCUGUUUAAUGCGGCUGUCACAUCUGUCAAACUUGUCGGGGUAAAAAUCUCAAUUUUUACUUAAUUUUGAGAUAUAAUAUGAAUCGCAUCUGAUAGAGUGAACCUUCCUGUAGGUCAUAAAGGUUCAAAUUUAUAUCCAUUUAUAACAUUUGUAGACAAGUAACGUGACAUACCAUUCGAGAAGUUUCCAGACCUUGGUUAUGUAAGACCGUAAUUGACAUUUGACAGCUAUUGAAGAUCUUCUUUUAUUAACG